AUGCCCCCAACGGAAACUCUGUUUCUUGAAUCUACAACCCGCAUUCAAAAGGAUGCUAUCCACUCCUUUAUGGACUUUCAAAUCUGGGAUUUUCCCGGUCAGCUAGAGUAUCUGGAACCGUCGUUUGACCAAGAGGAGCUAUUUAGCAACCUGGGGGCACUGGUCUGGGUGAUAGACGCCCAAGACGAUUACUUGGAAGCUGUGUCGCGGUUGAACAAAACCAUACUUAUGAUCCAGCAGUACUACCCGCACAUCAAUAUCGAGGUUUUCAUCCACAAGGUAGACGGACUUUCGGAAGAAUACCGCUCUGACACGUUCCAAGACAUCGUCCAGCGCAUCUCGGACGAGCUAAGCGACGCUGGCUACGAAAAUGCGCCUAUACAUUACUACCUCACCUCAAUUUAUGACUAUUCAGUCUUCGAGGCCUUCAGCAAGGUAAUUCAAAAGCUAAUCCCUCAACUUUCAACGCUGGAGAACCUUAUCAAUAUCCUCUCCAACAACUCUGGCAUGGAGAAAACCUAUCUCUUCGACGUGCUUAGCAAGAUCUACAUUGCCUCCGACACGAGGCCUGUGGAUAUGGCGUGCUACGAGAUGUGCUCCGAUUAUAUCGACGUGAUUGUCGAUAUCAGCGAGCUGUACUCGUGGGAUCAUCCGGACCGAAAACCCAAGGGGCCUCAGGUCUCCGAGGCAGAGAGCCACGUUAUCCUCCACGACAAGUGCAUGAUUCACUUGAUGGAAAUGAACAAAUACCUUUGCCUGGUUUCUGUCAUCAAAAACCCAGAUGCUAAAGAAAAGAAGGGACUGAUUGAUAUGAACUGUCGGACGUUUCAAGAUGCUCUCAACGAGGGCGAAGGUAACAUCGUCGGCUUUGACUACAAGCGAUAUCACCACAAGCUAAAACGUUUCAAGGGCGAAAAUUAUCCUCGAGCAGGACAACCGCAGUUCGAUGACACCGUAUACCCCGGCCGCAGAACAGCAGUCGUGGAAGAAUUGGACACGAGCGAUGACGAGGCGGAAGAAGUCAACGAAGUCAAAGAAGAGAUAGUGGACGACAGCUCAAACAGAAUAGGAGUUGUCGAUAUACUACGAUUUAUAUUUCUGGUUAUUCUCAUUUCAUCCGGUCUAUCCUACUAUAUCACCUCCGAUUCAAUAAUAUGGGGAUAUAAGCGGCCGUGGUUCACGCGGCUACCUGUGCUUCUGAGAUAUAUCAAUGGCCCUCUCGUCCUUUCACGUUCCGAAUUGUCCCUAUACAAUGGCACAGAUCCUACUCUACCGGUGUACGUCUCCGUCAACUACACAAUAUACGACGUAUCAGCCAACCGACGCAUGUACGGUCCAGGAGGGGGAUACGGUUUCUUUGCCGGUCGAGAUGCAACACGCGCAUUCGUGUCGGGCUGUUUCAAGGAAGACCUGACGUCCGACUUACGCGGUCUGGAGGAGAUGUAUUUACCCAUUGAUGAUAUACCGGAGGAGGGACUGACCAACGCUGCAAAGAAGAUUCGGCGAGAAAAAGAGCUAAGAGAAGCUCGGGCAAACGUUCAAAAACAAGUUGCGCAUUGGCAGAACUUUUUCGCUGAGAGUGGGAAGUAUUUUGAGGUUGGAAAGCUGAUACGUGACGGUCAAGAUGAACAGGGCGAGAAGAGAGAGCUCUGUGCGGGAGCUCAGGGAGGGAGGCCGAAGCGAUCAGAGCUGAAGAAGGGUGCAGCUGCUAAGAGUGAACCUACAUAUCCUCCAGGGGUGAAGAAAGGAGGCCGCCAUUGA